AUGGGUCAUUCGUCGAAAUUCAUUUUCCCUCUUCCCGGCCGCAAGUCGAAGGCAGCACCGGCCCCGACAGUGCCCGGCCCCUUGACGACGAAGGCGCAAAAAAUACUCGGAACGGCCGAGAUUACACUCGACACACGACCGAUACCGGGGUGGGAAGGGCAAUCAACAGCGGGGAUCAGCAUCGCUGUGACGGAAACAACUGACGGGACCGGCAGACAUGGCGCAAGCUCAGAAGGCUGGGCUGCGCCGAAAACAUUGCAGGAUCGAAGAUGGGAGCAGGAGUCGGAGAUCAUUCCUGCGGUGCUGAAUCGGCAACCUGAACUAUUGGGAGGGUCAUUGGGCCCGGACGGGGUCACGGAUGCCUCGAGUUUACGGCGGCGCCAGUCAAGUUCCACCAUCACCUCGUAUUACGACAAAUCCAAGCAGCCACUUUCGAUAUCGCAACAAACUUCCAACUCGGCCAUGGCCAAGGGACUGCCGCCGAAGGCGAUGGCGUUACUCGACAUGGACAAUGAGAUCACAGAAGCGACCGCGCAGGCGAAGCGCGCGAAGAAGAAGCCCUCGAGACUCGACCUUUCGGCCUUGCUAGGGCGAAGCAAGUCGCCCAAGCACCUUCAGCCGGACGCAAACACUCGCGACGCGUCCAGCUUGGCCCUCUCGCCGGUGUCCAUGCCUACCUCACCACUUCCCCCGCCGGUUCAACAACGGCCAGAGCGGAGGAGCCUCCGGAAGAUAGUCACGAGGGAGUCGAUGCGGGAACCACCAGCUCAGCCCCAAGUUCCCACUGUGUACGAGCCGGCACAGGAAGUGACCAACGCAGGGGUACCGCAGCAAACGAAGACCAGUCUCGAUUUGUACAACCUAUACGAUCACUACGAGCGCAGGACGUUCGUGGAUGAGAAAAUGGAAGAACCCCCACGUUGCGCCUUUGCUGUUGAACCACCAUUACCGAGUCCACCACCCAAUUAUCCCCUUCCCACACCACCAGGUCCGCCACCAGGGAAAUCUCUGCUCGCGCCAUUCCCCGGCACCGCGGUGCGACCCGGUCCAGGACCAAAGCCUUCGCCUCUAAUGAAUGCUGACCGACGGCCGUCAGGGGCCGGCAUGUCCACCAACGCAGUUCCCGCAGAUUGUGCGAGUGUCUCGAGCCGACACACUAGAACGUCCAAGGCCUCGCGGCGAACGGACCGGAGCAUGCAAGAGAUCGACUUGCUCCAGAACAGCGUUCUCGCGCUCUCAUCCGACUCAGAAGACGACUACGAGCUGUCGUCCCGAGACUCGCUAGCUGUACCGACAUCCAACGACGGGCAGGCCAGCCCAACAAGCCCGCAAUCUCCGGGGUAUCCACCCCGCAGCGGUCUGUACGAUGGGGGUGCUCGCGGAAACCCGGUCAAACGCAACGGACAUGGAGCUGGCGGGCAGCUCGGCUUCCACGACAGUUCGGUCGGCGUAGGACCGAACGGGCUCCGGAUUGCGCCGCGGACGAGCUCGCUACAUGCCAAGUCAGCACCCGCGCCGGGUAUCGCCAGAGCCAAAGCAACACUGGACUCCUCGCGGCUGUCCAUCAACACCACGUCGACGGACUGUACCGUCUCAGGCCCUCGAACCGUCGGCCCCAGCCCAGGCCCAGGCCCGGCGAUCAAGGGACCCAAGAAGAUGCGCAGCGAGUCGCUUCUCGACUUUCCGGCACCACCCAGCAUCCGAACUUCAGCUUCGCGCUCGGCGCCCGGUUCGAGACUGUCGGAGCAGUCAUUCCCAUCCCCCACGAGCGCCGACUUUUACAGCAACGGCCAACGGUACGCGGCGGGCGACAACGGGUCGAUUCGCAGCGGCACCAGCAUGGGCAGCGCGCCCAAUGGCGGACGCCGCGGGAGUGCGACUAACAGCCUCCACGACGGGGGUAGUGGACGGUUCAUGGCGGUCACCAAGCAGGAGGAACUGCUGCUCGCCGCGCUGCGCAUGAAGCGCGCCCGGAUGAUCCACGAGGAUAUCAUUGCUGAGUUUGAAGGCGACAUGGAGCCGGAAGACCACCACGAACUCCGGCGGGUCUUGACCAAUGACAGCUUCGGCACAUCAGGCAGCAUGACACGGCACUCCUCCACCAGCACGAUGCGCCAGCCCAAAGGCACCCUGAGCGCCCGGCCGCCCGAGAUCCCCAGGUUCCCACCCCCGUCUCAGCUGCCGUCCAAGCCCAAGCCUAAGCCCAAAUCCCGAAGCGAGAAGUCGGGCAAGGCCGAUCUCCUACGCGUCGUCAUCGACCGAUCUCCCUUUGACCCGUCCAUCCGCACACCCGGGUCCGACAUCAGCGAUUUCAUCCACCACCACGACGACAGCAGCAGCAUCACCACCAGCACGAGCGGCAACCUCGAGCGCAACGACAGCAGGGCCAGUUCCACCAGCAGCCCGCGCUCUGUGCCAGCCCGGCAGCCGCAACGUGGCGCUACAGGGGGGACCACGCCCUUGCCCUCGUCUCGUCUCUCGCAGCGCAGCAAGGCCGAAACCAACCCGCUGCGGUUGACCACAGGACAAUUCAGCCCUGCUGUCUCGGGGCCGUCUUCCCCAUUGUCGCUAUCGCACAAGGAUCUGCUCCCGCUGCGGAUUCUGGAGGACCCAGAGGAGGACGAGGAUGAUGAUGACGAACUGGAGCGGGUUCUAGACCUUGAGGGUGACUUCGGGGUUCCGCGGCCUGAUUCACCGAUUUCGCCGUGUGAUUUCCCAACGCCGGGGUCGGGGUCGGGACGGGCAACGAAACAGACGAAGCAGCAGGUGCGGUUGAGCGCGGUUGGGUUGUAUAAGCCGCCUACGGAGAGUGGGUGGUGA